AUGCUUAAGUCAAACAACCUACCGCUGAUCAAACGAGCGGCACAAACGCUCGCUUACUACAAGCACACACUGACCGACAACCAGCUGCUGACUAUACGUAAACUACUCACCAACAAGGUGAAGGAUACCGACAUACUGACUAUAUACUCCAAAGCCCUAGCGGCGAAACCGACAAAGACCUUUACUACCGCCUCGGGCAAACCGUUAAGACUGUACCUAGACACCUCAAAUCAAGCCGCAGGGCUAGUUCUAAAGCAAGCCGAUAAUACGCUAAUGACUAACUCAAUUCCGCUUCCCGCGGUCCACAAUUAUGCUAACUCUAAUGAAGCUCAAGGAGCAUAUAUACUAACCAAACGAUACCUAUCCCAGAUCAAAGACUACGUUAAGACCACAGCUGCCGAACUACAAGUGUUUACCGAUAAUGCACUACUUGCUAAGUCCUUGGCUUCGCCAAUUAAAAUAAACCCGGAUACCGAAACCAUGUUUUACGCACGCAAGAUUAAGGGAAACUUAACCCUGCCGAUAUUCCGUCAAGACGAAACCACAAAUCACAAGACCAACCAAAACGCAACGCACGAUUUAACGCAAAAAUUUCCGCACACUUCCGGACACCACUACACUACGAUCGCACACCAAAUCAGAACCGCACACUAA